AUGCUACCCGUUUGUGCUAAAUGUCUUGGGUCGGUUAAGAAGCGAGCGGGUUCUCCUUAUUUAACUUGUUCUGGUACGUGCUGCAAGCAUUUUCAUUUUAAAUGUGUUAACGUUUCGGACGAUUUGCAUAACCAGCUGAGCACCAUUCCAGCAGAUCUCACCUGGAAAUGCACUGAAUGUGCCAAUAAAUGCGUGUGCCUAGAUCCAGAAUCUUUGAACAAUUUCCUAGCUAAAAAAUUUGAUGAAAUGUUUAGCAGCCUAAAAAACGUGUUUUCGGACCUAAAAGCUGAGCUGGUAACAAAUAUAUUGAAAAACAAAACCACACCCGUGAUAUUAAUUGAACCUAAAAAUCAUCAUUCAUGUCCUGUUCAUUGUGCAGCCCUCGAAAAACUUAAAACAGAUAUUUUUCAGCAUAGCAAACAACUAGAGAUUCGUGCCGAAAUGAGAUCAGCAAAACAUCGCUACGAAUUAAGACUAUCAAAAAGCGGUCCUAAGACAGUUUAUAAAUACGUCAGGACCAAAAUACUCGCGAAAGUGUCUACACCAAUCAUCUGUGACACAGAUAACGUAUUUGCAAGAAAUGAAGAGGGGACCGCCAACAUCCGUAACCUGCCAGCAUGCACAACACCUCAAAUAAAACCAUCUCUUUCGAACGUUGAUUUUUCUGAUGAAAUUGUCUUCAGUGAGUUUACCAAACUUCCCGAGAAGAGUUCUCCAGGCUCUGACGGUAUUACGUCCCUUGUGCUGAAGCGAUGUGCUACCACUAUUAGUGGUCCCCUUGCGUUUAUCAUGACUAGUGCAUUUCAGACAUCAGUACUGUCACCAAUUUUGCUUCAGGCUCAAGUUACUCCUUUAUUAAAAAGGGCGAUAAAACGAAACCAGAGAACCAUCUACCUUUCUUCCAUUUGCUGUAAAAUCAUGGAAAGAGUCAUAUGUCAUCACCUUCGCCAAUUCUUAAUUGAUAAUUAUAUCAUCUCCUCAAAUCAAUAUGGUUUUUUACCUGGCAGGUCCACCGUUACAUGCCUACUUCGAUGCCUUAACGACUGGUCAUUAUCAUUAGAAAGAAACGAGCCAACGGAUGUCAUUUAUUUAGAAUUUGAAAAGGCGUUUGAUUGCCUUCCGCAUCAUCGCUUAUUGCCUAAGUUAGAAAAUUCUGGAGUGCAGGGUCUUUUGCUAAAAUGUAUUGAGACUUUCCUAAGCGACCGGUAUUUUAAUGUGAGAGGAUUAGUUCUGGGACCACUAUUAUUUCUCGUUUAUGUAUCAGAUCUACUAUCUUUACUAAAGUCCUCUCACUUUUUCUAUGCCGACGAUGGCAAGUUGUAUGGCAACCCAUUAACACUUUCGCAGAUUAUUCAAGAUGACUUUUCAAUAUCUUACAGCUGA